AUUAUUGCAAUUUGGGAAUUGGGUUUUUCCCCAUUAUGGGAAACAAAGACUUGGUACUACUGGUUUUGAUUGCUGUCUGUGUUUUUGAAGGUUGUUAUUGCAAAACGGUGACAUAUGACCACAGAGCAUUGGUUAUUGAUGGAAAAAGGCGGGUUCUUCAGUCGGGUUCUAUUCAUUAUCCUCGAAGCAUGCCUGAAGUGUGGCCUGAGAUUAUUAGGAAGUCCAAGGAAGGAGGAUUGGACGUGAUCGAGACUUAUGUUUUCUGGAACAAUCACGAGCCGGUGAGGGGUGAGUACUACUUCGAGGGCAGGUUUGACCUGGUGAGGUUUGUGAAGACGGUGCAAGAAGCUGGCCUUCUGGUGCAUUUGAGAAUUGGCCCAUAUGCAUGCGCUGAAUGGAACUAUGGGGGAUUCCCUGUUUGGUUACACUUCAUUCCUGGAAUCCAGUUUCGAACGACAAAUGACCUUUUCAAGAAUGAAAUGAAGCGUUUCCUUGCAAAAAUUGUUAGCUUAAUGAAGGAUGCAAAUCUCUUUGCAUCACAAGGAGGGCCAAUCAUUCUUGCGCAGGUAGAGAAUGAAUAUGGAAAUGUUGAAUGGGCCUAUGGAGUUGGUGGAGAGUUAUAUGUCAAAUGGGCUGCAGAAACUGCUGUUAGUCUUAAUACUUCUGUUCCUUGGGUGAUGUGCCAACAGGAAGAUGCACCUGAUCCAAUUAUAAACACAUGCAAUGGGUUUUACUGUGAUCAGUUCACCCCAAAUUCUCCUUCCAAACCGAAGAUGUGGACAGAGAACUACAGUGGAUGGUUCCUUGCAUUUGGCAAUGCAAUUCCUUACCGCCCUGUUGAGGACCUUGCUUUUUCUGUUGCAAGAUUUUUUGAAACAGGUGGCACUUUUCAAAACUAUUAUAUGUAUUUUGGUGGUACCAACUUUGAACGAACAGCUGGGGGUCCUUUGGUUGCAACUAGCUAUGAUUAUGAUGCCCCAUUAGAUGAAUAUGGUUUCAUUAGGCAGCCAAAAUGGGGCCACCUACGUGACUUACACAAGGCAAUAAAACAGUGUGAAGAAUUCUUGAUCAGCUCAGAUCCAACUUACCUGAAACUUGGCAAAAAUUUAGAGGCACACAUCUAUUAUAGAACGUCCAAUGAGUGUGCAGCCUUUCUUGCUAAUUUUGACAGCAGUUUGGAUGCAAAUGUCACAUUUAAUGGAAAUUCUUACUUCCUUCCAGCUUGGUCUGUGAGCAUUCUUCCAGAUUGUAAGAAUGUCAUCUUUAACACUGCAAAGGUUGUUUCACAAAGAAACCUUCAUGGAGUUUCAUUUUCUGGGACAACCAGUGUGAAUGAGUUCUCACUAGCUUCAUCAGCAUGGAGUUGGUAUAAAGAAGAAGUGGGUGUUUCGAGUAACCACUCAUUCAUAAAACCCGGUUUAUUAGAGCAGAUAAACACAACAAAAGAUAACAGUGAUUAUCUAUGGUACACAACAAGCAUUAAUGUGAAAGAGAGCAUUGUGCCUGGUCAAGAGAAAGAAGCUUUUUUGCAUAUCGGAAGCCUGGGACAUGCUGCACUUGUUUUUGUAAACAAAAGGCUUGUAGGAUUUGGAUUUGGUAAUCAUGAGGAUGCAAGCUUCAAUCUCAGUGAGAAAAUUAGUCUUAACCAAGGAGAUAAUACACUAGAUAUUUUGAGUAUGAUGAUUGGUUUACAGAACUAUGGGCCAUGGUUCGAUAUUGCAGGAGCAGGAAUUUAUUCUGUCAUUCUUGCUGACUUAAAAAAAACUAGCAAGGAUGAUCUUUCUUCUGGACAGUGGACUUAUCAGGUGGGAGUUGAAGGGGAGUACAUUGGACUUGAUAAAAUAAGUCUUGCAAAUAGUUCACUAUGGAUUCAGGGAAAUCGUUUACCGGUUAAUCGGAGUUUGAUAUGGUACAAGGCUACAUUCCUUGCUCCUGAAGGGAAGGGUCCCUUAUCUUUAGAUCUUGCUAGCAUGGGAAAGGGUCAAGCAUGGGUAAAUGGACAGAGCAUAGGGCGGUAUUGGCCUGCCUAUCUGGCACCAUCAACUGGUUGCACCACAAACUGCGAUUACAGAGGAGCCUAUGAUGCAUCUAAAUGCUUGAGGAACUGUGGUCAACCUGCACAAACCUUGUAUCAUAUCCCCCGCACUUGGGUACAUUCUGGCAAGAAUUUACUGGUUCUUCAUGAAGAACUUGGUGGGGACCCUUCAAAGAUUUCUUUGUUGACACGAACUGGCCAAGAGGUGUGUGCACACGUGUCAGAAGCUGAUCCUCCACCUGCAGAUUCUUGGCAACCAAACUUGGAGUUCAUGUCUCAAAGCUCUCAAGUUCGAUUGACCUGUGAACAAGGAUGGCAUAUUAGUAUGAUUAAUUUUGCAAGCUUUGGAACUCCAAGAGGGCAUUGUGGCACAUUCAAUCCAGGGAAUUGUCAUGCCAAUGUAUUGUCAGUUGUUCAACAGCGAAGAGCCCCUCCAUUCAUCCACCCAUGCUGGUUUCAAAUUGAUAGGCGUUCUGCAUUUGAUGUUCUGGAUCUUCAAAAUUUCAUGCUCAAAGUAUAAUCAACUCGAGCAGCACACAUUCAAUCUAUGCAGGAUUUUCAUUCACCUUCAAUUCCAGUGCCAGGGUAGAGGGGAAGACUCGAAUAAAAGAAAAUACUAGGUGACUGCAUACAAGGCUGAACUUUGGUGGAAGGGUAAUCCUGUCCUGACCUUUAGGGGCGCGCUGGUUCUGCCAUUAUCAUGUCCAUA